GUUAAAGCGAAAAGUUUUUAUUUUUUAAAAGCUCGUAUUAAGUUUUUGGUAAAACUUAUUAACAAACACGUGUAGCCAAAGCGGUAAAAAUAAAUAUUUAGAAGAUGGAGUUUUCGCAACAAGCUUCACCAAAAAUAUUAUUUAGUCCACAUACUACGAAUGAAAAUAUUAACGAUUUAUUUGCUUCUAUUGCGGAAAAGAAAAAUUUGCUCAUUGAAAAAGAUUUAAGGAAGCAAUUAGGCCUUAAAAAAUCUUUACAACUACUUGAGCAAUCGGUAAGUCCAUGUUAUAAGCCUGCUUCUUCUCUGCUCAGAGAAGCAGGUACACCUGGACCAUUCUUGCCAUCUGAAAAACGUCAAAGUUAUGAUUUGGAAGAUACUUCUCCACUUCAGCUUUAUAGAUCAUUGUUAGAUGAUGAGAAUGAUUCAUUAAAACAGAACUCAAGUAUAUUGCAAAAUUCAUUAAGUGAAAACAUUAACAAAACAAAUUUUGAAUCAAGUAAUUCAGUUUUUAUGAAAAAAGAAGCAGAAACUGAAGCCGGAUUAGAUGUAUUCAAUGAGUUUAUGCAACAUUUUGUAAGCCAUCCUCAUUCAGCUGAUGUGUUUCAGCUCAUAGAACAAUAUGAACAGGUGUGUCGAAGCCAAAUCAAGUUCUUGCAAGCUCACAUUUAUAAGACUGAUCCAACUCGAAAAAGAUCAGCCAAGUAUCUCAAAUUGCUUCAACAAUUGUAUCAAGAAUGCAACACAUGGAGACUUAUAGGAUCUUUGUUACGUGAUCGGAUGUUAGCCGAAGUUUUGGACACAGACAUGUCAGAUCAAGUUUAUCCAUUAGAUUCAACGCAUAGCGAAAAAAUAAUUGUUGAUCGUUUAUUUGAACGCGAAGCAACAACAAGACAAAGCCAGAUUAUUGUUGAUUGGUUAGAAAAGAAUAUGCAAGAUAAACUAGAAGAUUUAUUAGCAACAGAAAAAUUAUGCUACCAUUCAAAUUCUAUAUACUGGGAACACACAGUUCAUGAUUUAAAUCAAAUAAAAAUGGGCAGCAAGGAUUUAUCUUUAUCUUCAAACCUUAUUACUGAAAUAGACCCUGAUGCUCCAAUAAGACAGCAGCGCACUUUGUCUAGUCUGGACCAGCAAGAUGAAGAACAACUUCUGCAGUAUAUGUUUAAAUUUAUUAGAGCAGGAAAGCUUGAAGAAGCUCAGAAGUUGUGUUGUGACCAAGGCCAUUACUGGAGAGCUGCAAGUUUGGAUGGUUGGCGGUUGUGGCAUGAUCCAAAUUUUUUUUACAAUGAAGAAGAUGAGAUACAACCAGCAGAAGGUAACCCUAAUCGUGACUUAUGGAAAAUUAAUUGCUGGGCUAUGUCUGAAGAGAAAAGUUUCAACAUCUAUGAAAAAGCAAUAUAUGCAGCACUGAGUGGAAACUUAAAUCAGCUUCUACCUGCUUGUUUAUCUUGGGAAGAUUGCUUGUGGGCUUACUUUAAAGUACUUGUAGAUAUAAGGGUUGAAGAGGAAAUACGGAACAAUCCACGUUCAAGUAAUAAUAUGAUGGACUUACCACAAGCUUACUGGGUACAAACGCAAAGAAAUGAUUUAACACCUACUGGGAUAAUUGAUCACAUUAGAAGUCAUCCAAAUAUUGAUAUUCGAAAGCAAGCAGGAGAUCCUUACAGAAUUCUCCAAACAAAUAUUAUUCUCAAUGAUAUAAAUGAUUUUCUUAAAGAAAUGAAGAAAUUAAUUGAAAGUAAAGAUCCUCAUCUUAUUAGGUUUUUAGCCCAUUUAGUACUAUUUCUUCAAGCAAUCGGAAUGCAAACCCAGGAUGAUAUUUGCAAUGAAAUUUUACACAGCUAUGUUAAGGUGCUGAUUGAUAUAAAACAAAAUAAUUUGGUUGCUACAUAUACUGCACGUCUCCCACCAGACAUGCAAGUAAAAGUUUAUGCUAACUUUUUACAAGAUAUUGAUGAUUUGGAGUCACGUCAAAGUUAUUUAAAUCUCGCAGAUGAAGCUGGUCUUGAUCUUGGCUUAAUUACAAAAUGCAUUGUGGAAAAUAUCAGAGCAAAGGAUUUUGAAUGUUCUGUUGACGAAAAGAGUUCAAAAGUCGAUUUACAGAAAAUUACUUCCAUUGACUGGUUGAUAUUUGACCCUGCACAAAGAGCUGAAGCUCUUAAGCAAGCCAAUGCAAUUAUUCGUGGUUUCUUGGCCGAAAAAAAACAUGAUUCUAGUCAGCAGUUGUUUGAUCGAAUUCCCACUGAUUCAAUUGAUGUUGUUUACAAACAAUGGAGAAAAAAGGCUGGAGAAAAACCAUUACCCAUUGAAGAUGAUAAUGCUGUCAGAGAAUAUUUGUGUAUCAAAGCUUAUUUGAAUGCACAUGAUUCAUUUAAUGCCUGGUUUCAACACUAUCAUCAUCAAGCACCACUUGAACCUGAACAAAAGAAUUGGAGAUCAUUCAAAGAACAAGUAGCUUUUGAAGAGGAACUUAAAGAAUAUAAGGUGCAACACGCUCGGUGGUUGAAAACAUUAGAAUCACAUGUUAAGUCGGUUUCUGAAUGUAUUUACAAUGUAUUGUUAUUCCCAAGUGGUUGGAUGCUUGAUGAACGACAUAUUGGUAAUAAUGAUCCCCGCAAUCAGCAAAUGAUUCUUUUGCGACAAUUAUGCAUACCAUACCUCUCAUUUUUAUUGAUGUCAGUUUUACAAUCAAGUCAAAAACACAGGGAGUGUUUUCAACUUGCUGAAAUUAUUCAAUCGAGGCAACAUAAAUUAUAUGAGGUGUUUCAGAAAGUCGAGCUGCAGAAGUUUCUAAAAUUAUUACGUGAUUCUUCAAUCGUAUUGCUCCAAGAAGGUUUUGAUCCCCUCGGCUUUCCGCGCUCUAAUAAUCUAAUCUAGCCACAUGCUUUUAUUUUUUUUUUUUUGCAUUUAUAAGUUAAAGUUAAAAGUUAAUCAUUUGUAUUUCGAAUAAUUUUUACUUUAAUUGUCAUUCUUUUGGCGAUACGCGAAUAAAAUAUUUUGCCCGAA